AUGUCAAUUCCAGGCUUGGGCCAGAUUCCCUCACAGCCCACCAUCACCGCGACAAACCGCGUCGUCACACUCCGACCUCUAUGCGAAUGGCGCUUCCAAACCUCCCAGGCCUCCCCCGUCAUCGUCAAGCUCCUCUCCGGAACAGCUGAAAAGGAUGGCGUCGAAUUAGGUCCUAAGAACGCCUACACCUUCGCGGGCGUCAAGUCAAAGAUCCUCACCUGGCACGGCUGCGAGCUCGAGAUCGACGGCCGCUGCGACGCCGAGUCUGUCGCCGAAUAUGCGAACCCGACCGAUAACCCAGCCAAUACGCACAUGAACCUCCACGGACAGCUCAAUGAUAUGCGACAGGCGGCCGCUAGAGAGGGCAGAGAAGGACCUAGAGCGCUUAUCGUGGGACCGGCGGACGUGGGAAAGACGACGUUGGCAAGGACCUUGACGAGCUAUGCGACAAGACAGGGAUAUCAGCCUUUGGUGGUGAACGCGAACCCAAGAGAGGGUCUGCUCAGUUUGCCCGGCACGCUGAGUGCUAGCGUUCUCGCGACCAUCUUGGACCCCGAAGCCGUGGAUGGCUGGGGAAGUACUCCUACCAGCGGACCAAGCAGCGUACCUGUAAAGCUACCUUUGGUGUUUUACUACGGACAGACCUCGCCUGAUCAGGACCCUGACUUUUAUCGCGAACUUACGAGUAAACUUGCUGGAAGCGUUAGUGCACGCUUGAGCGAGGAUCAGGACGUCAAGAGCUCGGGUGUUAUCAUCGAUGGCAUGGGUCUCACAGAGCAAAGCAAAGAUGGACACGAGCUUGUAGCGCACAUUGUCGACGAAUUUUCAGAAACAGUCAAUGUUAUUAUCGUGGUUGGCUCCCCAGCCAUCAGCUCCGAGCUAUCUAGGCGAUUCGGCACCGAGCGAACAAGCCUGGGAGAGCCCAUCAGCGUUGUUCCGAUCGACAAGUCCGACGGUGUAGUCGUCCGCGACGAAGCAUUCCUACAGCACGUGAGAGAAGCUGCCAUCAAAGAGUACUUCUACGGCGACUCUAGACGAACUCUCAGCCCCCUGAUCCAACAAGUCGACUUUGACAAUGUCGUUGUGUACCACACCUCCGACGAACAUUCUUAUCCUGACCAGGGUAUUACACGGGAAGACCCAUGUACGCCGAUGCAGCACUGGACGCUUGCUGUGAUGAAUGCAGCGCCCAAGGACGCGCCUGAUGUAGUUCGGGCUGCGAGCGUGAUGGGAUUUUUGUACGUAUCGGAUGUGGAUGAGGAGCGUCGCAAGAUCAAGUUGCUUGCGCCGGUGAGCGGACGGUUGGGUGAUCAGCCGCUUGUGUGGGGGAAGUGGCCAGAGCCAUACAUCAACCUCCUCGGAUAA